GAGUGGGUGAAAGAGAGGGAGUGAGAGAGAGAAGGAGAGAGAGGUAGCUUGUGUAGUAGUUAAUCACUCAGCACAAUCUGCAAGAGAGACGGGGAGAGAAAAAGGAGAGAGAGAGAGAGAGAGAGAGAGAGAGAGAGAGAGAGAGAGAGAGACUGGGGGAGCGUCGUUCGUCCCUCACUCCAGGCUCUGACUUUAUAGGCAGCCAGGCAGAUUUUCUUGGCUUAGACGCAGCGCUCAUGACAGGAUUAGGAGCCGGGGACGCGGGACCAACCGGAGAUCUGCAGGUCCUUGUGGACGAACCUGAGCCAGAUUCUCAGCCUGCACAGGUAGGAUAGAAACCCCCUAUAUUAGAACCAGGUGCAUGAGAAAGACCAUGUCUAUGGUAACAACAGCCAAUGCAACACUCUCUCUGGUGCAAUGUUCAAGAUAAUUUGGUGACAAACAAAACUUGCCAACUUUUCACAGUUUACUCUGGAUGAUUAAAUCUGUCCGGAGGCUGCAGUUUUUAAUUUUAAACUAACUGUGGAGGGGUUAUUGUGUUGCAAAAUGUGUAAUAAAAUCCACCAAUGAAUUAACCAACUUCCCUCCUCUCCAACUGCAUUGUCCCAUUGACAUGCUGGGCUCACUCUGUUAAUGGAGACAAAGAAUGAAUACAACUGGGUCAUGCUGAGCUCAUACUAAGUGGUUUUUGAUGGAUAACUCAGAAUUAGCUGAAACAAAUAAAAACACACAACAGUGAAGCAUGUGUUCAGUUUUUAGCUUUAGAUGCAACCACAUGCAGCUCAUAAGCGUCUUGCACAACUAAGGAAAUUGCAAACAUGUGAAGAUAUGAAUGGAGAAAGCCAAGUUGCACAGAUGAUAGUGGGAAUGUUUGCAUAACAAAUACUAUCAUAGUAAUUCUGCACACUUUUCUGCUACAUCUGAACAUCAACAGUUGUUUAAAAGUGGGGGUUUAAGGGGGUCUCUUAAAAAGUGAAGUAGAAUUGCUUAAGUAAGCACUCAUUAAACCACUAAACUCUGAGUUACUGAAGCCACGCCAAGUUUAUGCAGGGUCAUUACACCCUGAAGAUUAUCUCAAUUCCCCCUCAAAGAGAUCAGUCCUGCAGCCAAAAAAGGAUAAGGCACUUCCUCUCUGCUUUUGUUAUGUAACUGGCCGGUGGAUCCAUGUUCUAAUUUUGGGGGGGAUUCAGUUUAACAAAGCGAGGGAUUCAUUCACCCUCUUGGAUCCUCUUUUAACUGAAAGAAACAGCGGUUAAUCAUCUGCAUAAUGACUCAUUUACAACGGGCACAUAGCCAACAUUUGGAUCCUUUUUAACUGUAAAACACUGGUUAGUUCUCGUCCAAUUGGCGCAAUUUCACAGAAAAUGUUGCCUACUGUUACUGAAUAAAGCAAAAGACUUAAUUGUCCAUUUUAAUUUGGUUGAUUUGCCAAGUAGUUUUUUUUGGGGCAAAAGGACCCAAAAUUUAAGGAUACAACUUGAGAAAAUCCAGAGAAUAUUGCAGGAUUUACUGUACUGUUUGUAUGAGUACGUGCAGGUUGAUUCAACCCCAGUAUGUGUGUAAGCACAGCUGCAUAUGUAUGGAGUUACAUGCCCCUGUGUAAGCUUCAGGAAAAUUCCAGGUUCAUGCUGCGCUGAGUGAAGCAGCGUGUGGUUUCACUCAGGAAUCCUACACCCAAAAAGAAGGGGGAAAGAAAAGGCUUGACUUGCAAGUUUGGUCUGAUUACAAAUUGUGGGACUUCCUUAUACUUGAAUUUCUGCUGUUUCAGCGUGCAGCACGUUGGUUUAGGUGGAAGUCUUUAAAAUAUAAAAAGUGGGAGAAUGGAGCUCAAUGUGUUCAUGCGGAACCAGUUUAAAGCAAUCAGUGUAGCUGGUUAAUUGGUUGGACAUUGUGUGAGUGUUUAAUGUCUGAGACAGUUUGGUAGAUGUUCAAGAUCUUUGCAAGGAAGAUAAAGAACAAAAGUUAAGAAAGGAGACAGAAAAAUGAAUUGCUUCCCAGCUCAUCCCCUGUCCUUGAUUUAUUGACCUGACUCAUUUCGGCUUUAUACCCUGAUUAGUGUUACAUGAUAGUGUCCUGCAGUUGUAAGUCUGAGAACAUCAUUAAAUGCAGCCAAGAAUCAGAGAGAGACCAAACUGUUGCCUGUGUAACAUCAGCUGAAAUCUGAAAGUUGUCACAGAUUUAUGUGCGUGGGGCAAUGACCUCUCUCUGCUGCUAUUCUUGUUGAUUUUGACCCAAAGAGUAUCAGGAAAGUUAUUCCCUACACAAACAACCGGCUCGAAAUUUGGCAGGUUUCCACAAGAAUUUACCCUUUUGCGUUCAUUACAUAUGACCCUCUCUGAAAGUGUCAUUGUCUCAUAAGUUUUUCCCCUCUCGCCUCUGCCUUCCUGCAGAAAUGAACGUGUCUGGUUUCAAUUAGGCUCACAGGGAUGUGUGAGGGUUCUCUCCCUCGCUUGCUCUCUUUACAUACACAGUACGCGUCUGUCUAUGUCACUGUAUCAUCCUCUGGUUUAUGGUUCAGGGCUUGUGGUAAGACUUUUGUCUCUUCUUCUCUUUUUGUUCUUAAACUGUCAUUCUUUCCUUGAAUUCAGCCUCUUUUUUUGUGGCAUGAUGGCGGGUUUGUUACAUGGUAACCAGCCACAGACCUUUGCGCAAACAUACGCUCCACAUUUACAGGGACUCAGCCCAAAGAAAACAAAGUAAGCCAAUCUUGGUGGGAGGUUGUCUUGCAGAAAGAGAAGCCCUCACCUUGCAGCUCAGUCCUUGUUCUUGUCCUCAAACUCUCUCACUGUAAUUUGCUGGAUUGAUUGAUGCUGAAUUUCUUACAUUUUUUAGUGUGUAGGUAAGGAAAAACGGCUCAUUCUUGCUUUUCUGCUGCCUCCCCUGCUUGUUCUUGCUUUCUCUCUGUUACACAGUGGCCCCUGUGUUUCAGAGUCUUUUUCCUCUGGAGGUCUGAACUCCAUCCAUCCUCCAGUGGCUGGUUCAGUGUUAUUGGAGCAUGAAGGCAGCCAGUGCAGGUUGGGAAUGUGCCGCCUCAAGGUUUUUCGAGAGAGAGGCUGUUACAGCAGGAUUUCAGAUUCACAGCUUGAUAAGAUUUUGGAGAUUUUUGCAAGACAAGCUUAUUUCUCAGCCUGAUUGAAUUUGCUAAACCGUAUAUACAAAGAAGCUUUUGUUUGUUUCCUUUUUGUCAGCAGUUAUUUUGCCUUUCUGUUUAGAUAUUUUACAGUAACCAAAUUCAUGACACAUGGGAGUGGAUCUCAACAAAAUCACAAUGCAGCACGAGAUUUCAUACAUGGAUAAGUUCCAACCACUUGUUGGAUACAAAAGGCCAAGAUUCCCUAGAAAUGAAUGAUGAUCAAGCAUCUGAUCAUGUUAUGUCACUGAACAUGUGAAAAAGAGGGGAGGUCACAGGCGGUGCACGUUUCAUAUCUAGACCAGCCAUAACAGUUGAGAGAAAUGUUUAUUUUCAUCACUGGCAUCUGGACAAAACCAAAACGGAUCCUGUAUUUUGACCCACAAAUGUAAUCCAAGAAGGUUGACUGGAUUGUUUAUGAAAAGCGUUGGUUGUGUACCUAAACUCACUCAAAAAGAUGUCUUUGAGUCAAACCUCUCAUCUUUUUCCAGUGGGAGUUUCCUCUUUAGCUGACACAUCCCUGUUUCCCAUGCUGGUCCGGCCCCUGACAUUAAUCAUGUUGUUGGGACUUUCGUCUGUCUUUCACUUUUACUCUGUUUUCUUUUCUUCCCCGUGUGAAACAUUGCUUGGAUUAGGUUUUCAAACAUGUGUGCUGCCUCCAUCUGUAUUUCUUUUAUUGUCAGUCAGUGUUUCCUUUCCCGCCCCCUCUCUCUGGUGUAGGUGGGUUAUUAUGAUCUAGGAGGCCAACCUGUCUGUGGCUCCUUUGGUCUACUGGGACCAUUGACCCACCUGAGCAAGCAAACAGUGCAGGAGACUGCAUGUGUCAGUGUCAGCCUCUUUAAAAUAUCGAUGUAUGCCACAGUUUGGGCUCCACCAUUUGGUUCCAUAGUGAGACUGUUACCAACAACUGUUUUUUUUAUGUGUGUCAGCUUGAGUAUGUCAGCUGUCCUCAUUCACACAGUUGCACUUUGACUUUUGCUCUUUUGGCUGAGCUUAACUUCCUCUUGCCUUGGCGAAUGUCUGACCGCUGAAGUCUGGCCAACCACCUGGUUAAAUUACACUUUCCACAGUGCUAAGUGACACUGCCUUGCAUUCUGUAUGCUAACCUUACAUGCAGCAAUCAGAUCUUUAACAUAGACAGCUUAAACUGAAGUACUUCUUGCAACAACAAAGUUACUUUGGCUCUAAAUGGAAGGCUUAUUGAAGCUGCUGCAUACUGUUCAGUUGGAGAUGAGUUUCAGCCCACACCCCCCGCACACUGUCCCCCUAAACAAAAUUCCACCCAGAAACCCAAACACUGCAGACUUAAGCAUUUAUCAAGUGGUUUGUUUUGAUUGAAAGCACACUUGCACUGAGGAUCUGUUGUCCCCUCUCCAUCCAAAAAGCUGACUUGGUGAAAUGUUUAAGUGUUGAAAAGCCAUUCAAAAAGAUUUAAUGCAAAUUACCCAAUACUGUAUCAUUGUCUUAAAAACAGCUGAACGAAUGGAAAAAUCAUCAUGAGCCUAAUCGGUGCCAAUUGGUAACUGAAUCUCUGUCAUGCUACAGUAAGUGUUGACAUAAUCAUACUUCUACUAUUACCAGUGAAGCCUUUACUGGCAGUCCUUCCUGGUUGUGGUCUCCUGUAAAGUCUACCUAAUGUGUUCAAAAUGUGACAGUACGGAAAACUGCGCCAGAAAUUUAAAUAACACGAAAUAUCUUAUAAUUAGCACCUAAUAUAACAAACCGAGAACACACUGUUAAUAGAGUCAUCCAGAGGCCUUAUACUACCCUCUUAGUUAGCAUGUAAGACUCUCUAUGAACUGAAAAAAGUGAUAAAACUGUGAGCCAACUAUGCCACUACAUAAAGUGCUGAAGCCUAGAACCAGACUGACACUGAGGUAACUUAUACUUUUCAGUGUGGGGGUCUUUUCAAUUUGGAUUUCAGACAAUGGAAAAUUGUCAGUUGUCUUAUAAUGACAUGUUUUGCUAGAAUUCAGAAAAACACAUUAUCUAAAGCCUUUUCUUGUAUUUUCGCAGCCUCCCUGACUGAAAUUAAAUCAGGUGAAAGUUGGUUUAAGAGGCUGUGGAGUCAUGGAUAAGAAAGUAGGCCAUUGAAAUAGACUAGUAUAGCAAGUAAAGCUAAUGCUCUCACAAUAGUAAUCUAAACAGUUGUGUAUGAUGUUCAAGUCUUGUCCCCUAAAGUUUUAAUUUUUUGCUUUUCAGCCUAUUAUUUUAGGGUGACCAUACGUCCUCUUUUACCCGGACAUGUCCGCUUUUUUGGGGGCUGUCCAGGCUUGUCCGGCUUUGUCCAGGGGAGUCUAGAAAAUCCUUCAAAUGUCUGUGGUUUUAUACAGAAGUUUCGAGUCUGUGUUAUGUGGACAUACUGAGUUAGAAGCUCAUAAAAGACACUCGAUCUGACCCAAAGAAACUCUCUAAAUUAACUCCGUGCGACUCCGUGACUCCGCCCCCACAUGGUCAUGUCCUCUUCUUGGGAGGGCAGAAUAUGGUGACCCUAUAUUUUUAAGUUAUAAGAUACAAAUUAUCGUGUUUGGUGGUUUGCGCUCAGUGAUAACGUUUGUGUGCUAACAUAUGUCUAGCAUGACUUCUGUGAAUAUGCAGCCUAAAUAUCGAGAUUCCGAACCCUACUCAGGUCAAUGCAGAGCAAAGUUGUAAAAAGAAAUAGUCUAAAUGCAAAGUGUUUAGAAGCAAUACCCUUGGGGAAGAAUCUCUAAAAGCUUUCUGCUGGAUGUUUACAGACGGAGGAAGUCAGAUUCCUCUGGUCAACAUGUGCUGGCCAGUCAAAGUAGGCCUGGAGGAGCAAACUGGCCUUGAAAGGGCUAAAUCAGGCUGGUAUGGGCACGAGGUAAACCACAGGGAUGGGCUUUGCAUGAGUGGGCUUGUUACGGUCACAGCUGGAAUGUGUCUUGGACGCUGCAGUCUGACCACGGCUAUACUUUUCUAAGAAGGGCUGCCUCUUUCUCCUGAACAGCUGUGAGGUGGAAAAGAUCAGAGUCAUACAAGCAUGGGUCCAAAUGGUUCGGGGACAGUUAAUUAAUAACAGAGGGCAGUGGAGAGAAAAUGUCAUAUUUGGCCUUUUUUAUUUUACAGUUGUGUUGCCUUUAUGUUUUUUAAAGACCUCAGAGAAAAGUUUUGAUGAUUCAGUGGAAUAAAAAAUAAGCAAGAUACUUAUGAACUUUAAAAUGAAGUUGGGUGGUUAGCUGACCUUUUUUUCAACUUUGGAAAGGAUUGCUAAAGUAAUGGAUAAAACUUAAGAGAAAGACUGAGGACAGAAAAACAGAAAACGCCACAGAGUUUAUGAUACUUUUCUGCAAAACGUGCUGAAGAGGCCAUGCUAACAUGGAUGCCAAUGAUACAAAUUUCAAACUUUCAAUGUGUAGAGAGAAUUUUUGGAAAUACUGACUUUCGUGGCUAAUGGAUUGAGACAUUGCUUUAAUCUGCAACUUUGCAUCAAUGUGCUAAACUUGCAGUUAUGUUGGUUUCAGCAGAUCAUUAAGUUUAUUGACACAGACACUGAAUGAGAAUAUCAAUUGUUCAUGGUUUUCUUCAGUCAAAAAGUCAACAUGCAGAGUUAGGUUAAACUACAGUGAAAGCCUGACCUGGGAAAUUUCACUGGACUACUGGACAGCGUGCCAUUCUUAACCCCCAAUUUCCACCGCAUUCAGAACAGCUAUGAAAAGGCCGUAUCUGCUGAUCAUAGCUGAUCUUAACUAUUCAAGUCAAUGUGUCAAUUUCCACCGGCUUCAUUCCGUUCUGCUGCUGAUCACCAGACUCCGCAACUGAUCGCAAAAAUUCUUAUUUUUUCCAGAACGCCGGAGCAUGCCGGAUAAAUUCAGCACAGAUUAACCUGUGCUGGAAAGGAAGUCGGGCACAGACACAAAAUAAAACAUCCGGCUUCUCGUCAAAAUUAAACACUGUGUUUCAGGCGGAUCAUAUUUCACACCAUGCAUACGGGCGGAGACGAACAAGUGGCAGGUUUUUAGACAGCAUUUCACCCCGAUGACACCAUGGGUGAGAAGAUGAUGAUUCUAGAAGUCUAGAGGUGGAUUUCCUUUUUUGGAAGGACACAAUCUACUGCAUUUAUGGUUAGCCUCUGUGGCUAAGAGACAACUUGCUAUCGCACGAUUGCAUGUGAAUCUGCGGGUUCUUGUGAAUUCUCGCAGUUACCACUGUCCGUAAUCCACCACGAAAUUUGUCUCACAAACGGAUCCACCGUUCUGGAUCUGAGCUGUUCCGGAUGCGGUGGAAAUCCCGGGUUAAUGCCCUUUUCCCAUUUUUUGUGCUCUCAGGCUUUCAAUCAACACAUUUAUGCUAUUCAACUUCCUGGUGUGCAAACCCCAGAGCAUGAGCAAAACACUUAGGCCAGUUUCAGUCCAAUUGAGCCAUAACAUGGAAGAGAAAAACAACCCACAGACUACAUUAUCUAGAUAUGUUAGUCCAGCUAUAAAAGUAACUACUCUUUGGGACCAUUUUUGGGGAAUCGCUGCCUGUAAAGUCUGGGAACCCCAGCUUAAUGAUAUGUUACAGAAGAUUCCUUACAUAAGGCACAAUUAGGGCUCCCUGGAGGGUCAGAAUGUCCCAGUGGUGGUCUUCGAUUUGCCCAUACAUCCUUUACAUUAUGGAUAUUAUGUAAGGAUGUGGCUGCACCGUACUGGAGUAAAUGUUUGUGCUGAGUUGAAUGAAUUAAUCUUACAGUGUCAGUGCCAUGCAGCACACUUGGCCGCUCAGGACAGCUGGUACAGCUGGAUCACAGUGCUGCAUAUAAACAACCUGUACCAGACCAAAUGACUUCACCUGAAAGCUGUUACACAAAGAGAGAGAGAGAGAAAGAAAGAAAGAGGGGAUGUGUCUGGGUCCACUCAAGAUCGCCUUCAAUGCUUUCCACCUAAUUAUAGUCUAGUCUGGUGUUUGUAGUGGCACAAGUCUGGCUUUGUGUUGAAACAUGUCUUUCAUCAGCUGCACUAUCAUGUAGCCUAACUCAGACAUAAGAACAUUGUUCCAGUAGAUAUGUACAAUAACCAUGCACCUGAACACACACAGAAGUCUGUAAGGGGUCGACAUGCAGGAACUGCUGAGGAGAACCGAUCCACUGAGUUUCUGUUAAUGUCAGCCCAGCAAGGAGUGUGUUAUUGCAAGAGAAGACUGCAGUGAGGGAAAUGGAGCCGACAUGUUUGCUUCAUUUAAGACGACUGAUGGUCAGACAGUUGAAAAGUACUUAAUGGGGUGGAAAGAUCCUCCCUUGAUACAUUCUCAGCUGUUUCUGUCUGUAGCUGGCGAACGUGCCCAGUCUGUGAUUCACAAUGGAACGACCCCAACUGCAUUGACGGGCUUGUUCCACUGUGGGAGACACUGGGACACUGUGAGGGGGGUUGUGGUUUGGUACAGUUGGACUGCAUCAGCAUGCACAUGCAUGUGUGUUUAUGUGCGUGCACGGUAUCUUGGCAGACCGACGGACCUUGCCAUUUUGCCUCUAAUCACACAAGGGAACCAUGACUCACCAUGAAACCAGAAAACGUGCACAUUCACUCACACUCCACUUGACUUUUCUCGGCAGACAGAGAGUCCAAAACAAGUAGCAAAAAAAGCUUAUAAUGGCCAUCAUUAUUGGGCUAUAAAUGUGAUUAUCUCCAGAUUUGAAGUUUUCAUUUUUAUGGCAGAUGAUAGCCUCACAGUUUGGCACUAUGAGUGGCAAAAGAUUAGGCCUGUGAAGAAAAGAGACUAAAAGACAAGAAGGGUGUAAGUCAAAAAGCUGUCAAAAAGGGCUUUAGAGUCUGAGAGUUAACCAACAGUUUGAUGAAAAGCCUAAAAGAUGCUACCACCGGCUGCUAAUUAGCUUAUCUUAGCAUGGAAACAAGAUGGCAUUUAUAAAAAGAGACACAGUGGAUGGAUUUGUGAGAAUGAGCUGUUACAAUGAAAACAGAGGCAAGCCAUAAAAUGGAAUCAUAGUUUGUUAAAAAUGCCCCAGAACUUAGCACAUGGGUGGAUACAGAGAGGGGAGGAAUAAUGAUCACCAUCCAGGCCUGUUUGUUGAAGGUACAAAACGUGCAUGGGGUUUCCCUGAGAGAAAACAGCACUUUACUACAACCACAUUUUAACCCAAAACAUGUUAACACGUAACAAAUGUCUCCCUUUCUUUCUUUCCCUCCCAACCCCUUUCCGGUUUCCUACCCACUUUCCUCCUGCUCUGCAUCCCCGCUAAUUUCUCCAGCAUGUGCACUGUAACCACUGGAGAUGUCCACGUGUCCCAGUAAUGCUACUAUAAUAAAUCCCUGUGCAUGUUGCUUUACUGGUGAUCCAAAUUUAUAUAGCUUUCCAGAGUAUGGAUUGAGAAUAAUCUUAAACUAAAAAACACUGAGCUUCUUUUACCUGAAUAUCCUUUUCAUUAUCUCUUAGAGUUUUGUCUGUGCAUCAUUUCCCCUUACUGAUCCUUACUCAGACAAAUAAAGAAGUCUCUCCUCAUUUCUUUCUUAUCAUCCAUCAAAUGUUUGCAAAUAAUUAUUCUGUAAAAUAAAGCACGGUAAGUGCAUUUUUGAGGCUGACACUAGCAGCCAUUAACAAGGUCUCUUGUUUCCAAUAACUACAAAUAAAGCAACCCCACAUUGCUGAGGAUUUCUAGUGUCUCCAGUUGUGAUACUUUGCCGCAUGCUCUGUUUACAGUGCUACAACAAUAGUCUACAAUUGAGCUUCAUGUUCAGUUAGCUUCAUUCACAGAAUCUACAUAGCAGUGUGGAAAAAGUACAGGUACAAUAGGGCUUGAGUUUGGUGAGUACCCCGGUGUCUUUGUAGUUAGUUUGUGGUCUAAAUACUUUAGCUCAAUCACAUCUCAGAGGGCUUUGUAUGCAGGAAAAUUAGUCUUUAAGGAGAGAGUAUCAUGAGCCAGAGUUAAAACAAAAGGGAAAGGACCCAAAUGCAGACAAAAAAAAGAUUUAUUAAAAAAAAACUAAAUGAAAAAAAAAAAAAACACAAACACAAGAAGCAAAAUCCAAAGAAUCAAAACUCACUGGGGAUGUACCAUCAACAAGCACAAACACACACAUCGACAUACAGUAAACCAACAAGGACAGAGGGAAAGACAGGGACUAUACACACACAGGGAAACGGGCAACAGGUGAGGCUGACAAGACACAGGUGAAACUCAUGGGUGAUCAACAAAAGAGGGAAAACUAGGGAAGUAAAAUUAGACGACAAACAUAAGGAUUUAACUACUACAAAAUAAAACAGGAAACACUGAAAACUGAUAUAAAGAAUAAAACACAGAGAACAGGAGAGAAAACAGAGUCAAACACAAACUCAAAACUCACAACACUGGACUACAGGGGAACAGGAACAACAGGGAACAGAAACACUUGGAAACACUAGGGAAAAAUCACAAAGAAAAUACACUCAAAUAACAAAACCAGGGAAAAACUGAAUCAACAGAGCAUAUCAUGACAGCACAAAAGCAAGCAGGAUGCAACCUUCAGUAUGAUAUUCCAGCUACCCCCAGCAGUAAUCAGACUGUGAUUGAUUUAUAAUUUUAUACUGAUGUCGAUGAAAAGGAAGCUAUCAAUCUGUUUUUACCUCUUUAAAAAUAAUUGCAUUAUUCUGAAAACUUGUCAAAAGUAAAUUACAAAUAACACACUUGAAAACAAUUUUCAUAUCAAUGCAUAUCUUUGAUUGGCUCAUAAAGACACAUUUUAUCAGCCGAUGACAUGUGAGACUGUACUCCUAAUGCAACAUUGGUACGAGUAAUCAGUUGAGUAGUUUAACUACCAGUACCUGGUAUAUGUUGGACCAGAGAAAACCUAACUGACAGCUGGAGUAUAAUGUAUGUGUAAAUUAACCUCCUUUCUUUGCUCUGUUUUUUCACUCCACACACAGCUGUGACCGGCCUGCUGUGCCCCAUCACACCAAACUUCUGUCAACUGUACUUCAAGGUUGACCUGAUUACCAAGAGCCCUCCCCACCCCUCUUCUCCUCUCCCAUCAUGCGUCUCUUUGCCACCCUCCUCCUCCUGUUGCUGCUCUUCCAGUCAGCUGAGCCCCGGAGAGGCCCUCGGUCCAGGGAUAGAGAUAGGAGCCUUGGGGGCCGUGUGCGGGGCCGAGGCAGGGCUGGGGUUAUGAGACGGCAGACUCAGGAGUGCAAGGAGUAUAUUGAGGCAGGAGAGAAGUACCUGGACUGUCAGGACCGACAGCUGACCACUGUAAUGCAAGACUGGCCCAAAGAUAUUCAACAUCUGCUGCUGGCAAGAAAUAAGAUUCAGGUAUAUGUGGACACUUCUGAAUACAAAUCUACUUAUAAUGUACAAUUUGAUAAUGUACAGCAGUUUUGUUCAACAAAUGCAUCAAUUUCCUGUGAUUUAAGCCUCAAGCUUCUUACUUUAACCCUAAACCCCACCAGCUUGUUGAUACCAAGAGCAUCUGUGCUCCAUUUAUUUGGAGCUAGAUCAAAGACACAUUUUUCUGCUAUGUGUGUAUAAGUUUUUGCAUGUUGAAGUCAGCCCACAGGAUGUGUGUGUCACAGGUGUUGAGAGGAAAAAAACAAAAUGCCUUGCCAGCAAGGUAAUAAAUAAAAACAGACUAGCCAGAUAUAAACACUAAUUAAACUGGUGAAAAAUGGGCGUAAUUAAGCUUCAUCUCUACUCUAUUGAAGUUCAGAGACAUUGGUUGUAAAAUGAAUGACUGGUGAGGGAAAGAAUGAUCGUAAGAGGAUUUACUUUAAAGUGGAGGUGUGAUGGAUUUAGCAUGACAUAGUGAAUUGUUUAAAUAUGUUAAACAUUUCAAGCCAAGUCCAUAAGCUAUAUGUUAGAUUUGCACUUGAAGAUACAACAUACCUAUGCUUUUAUUUUGAAGGUGAAUAUUUGAGUAUUACUGAUGCAAAAUGAUCUGCUUGCAGUAAUAAAUGCAUAGAGAGAUAAACCAAAUCAGGGUGAAAAAGCUAUUCAUCAACAUGAAGACCACAGCCCAGCUAUGGUACAAAUGAGACAUAGAUGGAUGAUAUAAAUUCAGUCGUAUAGGACUCUCUUAUGUAGAAAUGUGCUGCAUCAGUAUUGUACUGUUGCAACACAGAAGAAAAGAAUAAGAAAAGCAAAAAGAGAUUUGGCCAGACUGUCUGCAGAUGCUCCUGCAGAAAGCACUUUGUUGCCAUGUGUGCCCAUUGCUGCUGAUUGCCUUUGCCAGUAGAUCUCUCCUGAGCCUCUUUCACACAUGCACCUCUUGAAAUCCUCCAAAGCUGCUGGUUCACACUUGUCCCUCACUGCGUGCAGUUUUCCCCGUUUGAUGAGGGGGGGUUGGAAAAUGGGUGGGUGAGUGAAUGAGUCCCAAGAGGCAGGAUAUGACAUCAAAAGCAUGCUGCAGAAGCCACAGCGUAAUGAUUACAAUAUGAAGCUGGAUGAAGCAACACAAUCUGAUGCUAUGAUGUCAAUUUUUGCUGUUAUGGCAUUAUAAGAGCAUCAGUUUCUGUGAAAUUUCCCAGGAUAUUUACUGCAAUGUUUCCACUUUUGCUCACACUGUCUUCUUAUUGAAAGUCCAGAGAAAAACUGUCAAGAGUAUCCCUUUAUUUUAUCUGUUUGCAUCCACAUAUGCAAGUUACUCUUAAAAUAUUUCUAGAGUUUUGAGCUUGUGUGAACACGGCUCUUUAGUAAAGUAACUACAGAGUGAACUGCCAGAGUGCUGCUCGUGUUUACAACUAAUUAUACAGUCAUUUUGUUUACACACACAGUUAAAUUGAGCUAUGGUUAAAGCUCAGUUAGGUGAUUUGACUGGACUGUCCCAGUUUACAAACACCAAGCAAGAACUCUGUGCUCAGAAUUUCUCAGGUACUUAUACAGUCUUUUCUGGGGGUGCAAUAAACUCUCCUUGUGUCAGACUCUACAAGUGUUUACUCUUUAAGUUUUCUACAAGUUCAUGAAAAACGUUUAAGUCUUGAAUCACAGCAAAAGACCUUGACCUCUUUUGGCCAACUGGGUGAGAUCCUUUUUCCAUGGUAGCUCUGCUCACUCCUUCUCCAGCAUGUCUUCAAUGUCCUGAAAAUGUCAGGAGUUUAUUUCCAUAAGGAACAAUGUUGACUCUGCAAAGCAGCCAUGUUACUUUCUGACUGUUCUUGGAUGAAUAAACUAGGUCACCUGUAACUCUAGUGGUAAAUUCAUUCAGUUUAAUGACAAGUCUCAAAAAGCGAGAAAAGAAAGAAAACAAGUUCAGCACCUAAAGGAAUUAUUUUGGGCAUUACAUCUGCAAUUUGAGUCUUUCCACCUUCUUUUUCAUUCAGUGGUAUCAAAGGAGUUCCCAGCUUCUACAAAUACUCAAUUGUCCAUUUGGAAAUCAGUUAGUGAUACACUGAUUUCUUUAAUUUUCACACUGUUUUCUGGACUCACCACAAGAAUAUCUAUUGACACCAGUUCCACAAAAACUAACAGUUGCUAUUCUUCUUUUAGGUUUUGAGGGACAACAUGUUCUCUCAGUUCACCCAGCUGAAAAGCUUGGACCUCCAGCAGAACGGCAUCUCCAUGGUGGAGGACGGAGCGUUCAGCGGCCUCUCCCAGCUCACCACCCUGCUGCUUCAACACAACGGGCUGAAAACAGCCUCAGAGGAGCUCCUGCUGCCCCUGCCACGCCUUGCCUACCUCCGGAUCUAUGAUAACCCCUGGAGCUGUUACUGCUCAUUAGACAGCCUGGUCAGGAACCUGCAGGUGCCGAGCAACCGCAACCUGGGCAACUACGCCAAGUGUGCAGAGCCCCUGUCACUGCACGGUCAGAAGCUGAAGAAGCUAAACGUGGAUUCACUGUGUGCAGGUGACAACCAAGUGGACAGCAGGCCAGGAGGUGGAGACGGGGGGCGGCAAAGGCCUCCACCAAUCAAACAGAAGCUAGAGGCCACGUCUAUGUGCCACACCUACAUGUUCCCCAAACCUUUACUGGACUGUAGCAGCAAAGGUGAGUCCCUCUGCAAUACCUUAUCUAACUGCAGACCUCUGAAAUUCAAGAAACUGUUUGACUCUUAGAGAUUUUGGUUUGAAUGACGUAAGGAUGAUAGACAUGGUCGACACCUGAUGAACAGUAAGUUCAAAACAGUCGUCUGCUAGUGGGUUAGUAGCCAUUUACUUCAUAUUUAUUGGUUAAAAGCACAGGUUAGCAUCAUAGACUGUAUAUACUAUGGACAACUUGGUUCCGCCUUCCACCAGUUUACGGAUUUGAACCUGAAAAGCUCUCGGUAUUUCCGUUUUUUUUUCCCCACUUCCUAAAACCAACAUCGCACUCCACCACUUACGCAGGAGCAUUGUAUGCAUUUGGCAGGAGAGUCGCUGUGAGGACACUCGGCUUAAAAAGCGUAUCCCCCGGUUCAACUGCACAAUUUCAUAUGCCCAUAGGCUGUAUCAAGUGUCAAUCAUAGAAAACACGAACCCUCAAAUAACUUUUAAAAAUUGAGAUGUAUAGAAAAAAGAGGACUUGAGCACAAACCAGUCUUACAGUAACUACAUGUCAACAUUGCAAGCAGGGGGGAGAAAAACAUAUUCUGUGUAUUAAAUUUCUAACUGAAACUUAGAAGGUGGUGAGGUUCCUGUCAGCCCCAGCUUUACUUCAUAUUUAUUGGUUAAAAGCACAGGUUAGCAUACAGACAUGCUAAACUUGGAGUGAACAUACGUCCUCUUUUACCCGGAGAUGUCCUCUUUUUGGGGGGCUGUCCGGCCUUGUCCGGCUUUGUCUGGGGAAGUUUAUAAAAUUAUAAAAUAUUUAGAUGUCUGGGGUUUCGUAUGGAAGUUUCGAGUUUGUGUCACAUGGACUUGCUUACUUAGAAGUGUGUAAAAGACACUAGAUCCGACCCAAAAAGCUCUAAAAUUACGUUUGUGCGAUUCUGUGACUCUGCCCCCGCGUAGUCGUGUCCACUUUUUGAGGAUUCAGAAUAUGGUCACGCUAGCUAAACUAAGAUGCUAGACAUUUUCAAUCAUUAGAUGAGCUUUUAGAUUUUUCAAGUGGAGAAUGUAGCAGAACAGGAAACUGACCAUAUGCAUAGAAAUUACCCUUCUUGCUAGCCUUCAGGUGGAGUAUUGCUAACACUCUAAUGUAAACGUUUAUGUAGUGCUUGCAACCCUGUAGGCUGCUAUAUUGUAGCUGUGGCAUACACAGAGGAAUUAACUAGGCUUUAUUGUGCAUUCAUAAACAAAUGUUAGCAUUUAGCUGAAGCAUUGCUGGGCUAAGUCUCACAAAACUGCUUGUGUAGCUGCAAACCCUCAUUUUGCACUGCUAGCAUAUGUUAGCAUGACCAGCUGUCUCUGAUUCAAACUCAUGCUUGCUUUACCAGUAAAAAUUGGAUCCAGAAUAAGGUAGUGUUCAUGUUUUUGUUGCAUUCAAGCAGAAAAAGAAGCAGAGUGAGGUUUUUCUGAGGACUGUGCCUCAAUUAGAGAGAGGGAAAGGUUAGAGCAGGACGUUUCAGACUCCUGCCUUUGCUUCAGAAGUUGCUAACAAGACACUGAGCUCCUCAGAGCACAAACUUGCUGAUGAAAUCCAACCUUCUCCACUUUAUUAUAUUUUCGGCUUUGUUUAACUGAGAUUGACUGUAAUAUAAAAGUGUGCUUUGCUGUUUGAAGUGGUGUUUUGGUGAGUUGGGUCGUGGUGUGUUUAUUUCUUGUGUGGUCUGUUGCGAUGUUCUGCGCCUCUCCAGUUUCUGCAAACACAGCACCAUCUCUAUUGUGUUGUAUUCUAAUUUGAAUCAUACAGCCACUAACUUUCUGCAGAUUUCUGUUCCCGUAGAAGUUUCGAAAGGCAGUAAAAACCCCCAGCAGUGAAAUCUGUUAGUGUUUUUAACUUUAACUGUGACUCAGCGUGGGAAGCAAAAGUUGCCGGAAUGAUUUAAACAGGCUGAAUGAUAUAAAAACUUUUCCAACUUUGUUUCAACUUUGUUCCUCCACUUCCACAUCUGGUUCUUUCUUUGUGUAAAAAUGUCACUGUGCUGCAGCUAUCAUAGAGGCUUCACCAAAACUUAAUAAAACUUUUGUUUGAGUGUUGCUUUACAAAGACAGACUCAAGACAGGGAAGACAAUUUCUGAAUUUGCAGACAAAUCACUUUUAGUUUCUUUUAUGUGGGCUCUUCAUCCUUCACUGUUCUCUCAUCUCCUUCCUUUUAUUCAUUUCCUCUCUUAGCAGCAGCCCCUCUUUUAUCUCUCUCUUCUUCAAAGCCCUAAAAUGUGACCUUUCUGAUGCCCUAAUAGCAUCUGCUGUCAACACACAGAACUGAAAGAUGGAUUGUAUCUGUGUUUGGGACUCGGGGAGCUCCCAGAUUUAAAACCAGCAAUUGAACGGAUCUGUUAAUGGAAAGCUUAUGCCAUUCGCAGAAAGCAAUCUUUCACAGAGCAACGAGGAGCCAAAACCACACAAUGCUGCAUCUGUGUCAUAAAUGCUCAAAGAUGCUUUUUGCAUAUUUUCCUGACUUUAAUUUUUUCUGCAGUCGGACUUUUGAAUCAUUUCAUUAUCUGACUUACUGUAAGGUUUCUCUGAUUCCCCCCUAAUCUCUCCACAUCUUUUCUCUUUUUUUAUGCCUGGUAAUAACUCCACAUCCUGCCUCCUUCUAAAUCAUGCCCUGCCAUGAAAGCAAUAUGUGAUGUGUGAAUGUUGCUUGAUAUGCUGCAGCUGUUGUGUGUGGUAGUCAAUAUGGUCAGGUCAACAUGGUUUCCAAGGAUCCACAUAAAGUUGUACAGUAAGAUGAAAGCAGUAAAGGUCUGCAGUCUUUCCUUUUGGUUGUUUACAUUUGACUUCAUUCCAGCACUAAUAUUUUCAUUAGUUCAAUUGUUUUUUUUAGCUGCCAAUCUUUGUGAAAUUGGAUCACAGAUACCCUCUUUAGCUCAACAAUUUAAACUUUUACAGAUGUUGUCAGAACUUCUGUUUCAUAUAUGUACUCAAAUGUGUCCAAGUUUCACUUAAAUCAAGCUCUGCUCUUGGCACCAGCGUGUUUUGUAUUGUGCUCAGUCUAAUGCAUGCAUUUUGUCUCCAAACAGGGACGCUAAAAUAGAUAUCAAGUCAUCAAGUGAUUUGUUUUAAAAUCCUGACUAAUCGCUGAAUUCCAGUGGAUGAUCCCAUUUUAAUUUGCAUGUAUAGAAGUACAUUAUUCAUGCUUUAACAAACUAUGAUUUUGGACUUUCAGAUUUAUGAUGCAGAUGAACGCUGCACCAGUGUGGUCUGAAACCAUGGUUUAGAGGCAGGAGACAGCUUUGAUCCCAGACUUCCACGAUGUAGAUUAGCCUGCAGUCAGUUGCCACCCACUCAGUGAGACCUGUGGUUAACCUUUUUGAUUACAUUCACCCAUAGGACUGUGGAAAUCUGCACACUCUAAAAUAGUGCUCUGCAAGCUUUUGUGAUGCGAUUAGCCGCUGUCAUUGAACUGACCGGCUGCCUGUAUGUGUCCCAGCUCAAACUUCUUUAUUCCUUUAUUGAUCCCCCAUGGGGGAAAUUUUUUUGUCACAGCAGCAUCACAGACAAAGAGUGCAAAAAUGCAGUUAUAAAAAUAAAGAUCCUAAUAUUAAGAACUUAAAUAAAUGUAAUAAUUAAGACAAAAUUUAGAAAAAGGAAAAAGGGAGAAAAAAAGAUAAGUACUAGUAGUAAAACUCUAAAAACUUGUAUGAUUUUCAAAUUCUGUGUGACACGUAGUGUAUAUCGUGUUUGAUUUAUCAGCUAUACUGGGAGGGUUUUUGAAGGGAAAUGCGUCAUUCAAAAGUAAAGAGGUGUUUCUGGAAGCAGAAGGAUGCUGUCACAGCAUAACUACAGUGUGCAAAAAGGGACAAAAGUAGUAUGCAUUUAAAAAAGCUCCCCCCGCCUUGCUCAGAGAUACACAGUAUGUUUUCAAACUGAACAGUUUCAGGACUGGCAGGAAAACUCAAAGGCACAGGCAAACUCAGUCUCACAUACAAACAAGGUAUAAUACAAGAGGUAAGCAGGGUGAUGGGAAACAGGUGGGGAGACACAAUCAGGCGGCAGGUGUGACAAGACAGGGGCAGGGCAGACCAGACAGGAACAAACUUAUGGGACAGAAACAAGGGUUACUGAUUUACAAAAUAAAACAGGAAAUGCACGACAUGAAACAAAACAUCAGUGUGCAAAAAUAAAGGAAACUUAACCAACAUGAAUGUACUGAAAAAUAAAAGAGAAACUUGACCAACAUGACAGAGCCGACGCACGUAUGGAGGAUGUUUGUCUUUCACAUGGGACAGGAAAACAAGCAGAGAGUGAGAAUAACAGUAAUCUGAGUAUGUUUCCACUCUGUUUUGGUUUUCUGUCUCCAGACCCUAUACUUUCCUUGUGUAUCUCUCUGUUUUUCUCCCCACAUCUCAAUGCCUCCCUCACUCUGGUCUGAGGACUGUUUCUCUGAGGUGAACCACAGCAGAUUUCAGGCUCCACAUCACUCUCUCUGUGCUGUACUGGGUGGUUAGAGUUAGUAUGGGAGCCACUGAGGCCGAGUUUCUCAGAGAUGGAACGUGGACUUAAGAGCUACUUUGUGGUUGUAUCGAAAUGUGCCUUCGAUUAACUACUGUUUUAGUCACACAGUGGACCAUGGCAAUGCUGGUUUUAUUUCAAACAAAGACAACAGCUGUGUUGUUCAUUGUUUACAGAGUCUUAGCAGCUGUAAAUGACUUACACCAGGAUGAUUAUGUCAUCACUUAGGAUAGCUUAAUUUUUCCUCUAUUUUGAAACCAUUUAACUAGUUAGUGAAACAGGCCAUGACCACUUUUGAACAAAAAUAUAACCAUUAUAUGUUAGCCUUUAGCUAACAGUCACAGACAUUUGGCUAAGAUGCUAAAUUUUGGGGGGUUUUGGACACUUGAUAUAUGUAAUGCUAGCGUAGGGUGACCAUAUUCUGACUUCCCAAAAAAAGGACAUGACUACACGGGGGCGGAGUCACAGAGUUGUGCUAAGUUAAUUUUGAGAGUUUUUUGGUUUGGAUCAAGUUUCUUUUAUGCACUUCUAACACAGUAAGUUCAUGUGACACAAAAUCGGAACUCGUACAGAACUGCAGACAUUUGAAGGAUUUUGUAAACUUCCCCAGACAAAGGACCCAAGGAUGACGUAUGGUCACUAGGGCUGAAACGAUUCCCCGAACACCUCGAUUACAAAUCAUGAUCGAGGAAUUUUUCUCUGCCUCGAGUACUCUUUUAUAAGCUCAAAUUGUCACUGUUUCGCACUGUUCCUUUUGAAGGUGACACGAUGCGCUUACGUCACCAUGGUAGAAGGAGGAGCAAGCGCUGUUUCGGUUUUAUGUAGCGGAAAAAAUAAAUAAUGAGAGGGGCUUUUCUUUAAGUGUUUCCAACUUUACGACUUUCCUUACUGAGGAGUUGGCAACACUGAUUUCUUGUGUAGAGCUCAAGUAGCUCAUUAGCACUUAGCCUCUGAGUCGUGGGCGGAGACACUGCUGCUCUGCACACUUCUCUUCACGCUAGCUUGUAGCCUAACAUUGCUGGUGUCGCAGCAGAAGCAGGUAACAUAGGAGCUAUUCAGCUCUCGGACAGUAAUGUCUUUAGGGGCAUGAUGAAAGUUAAUAUCAUAAUUAGCUUUCUUACGAGCAUUGCAAUCUGCUAAUGCACACGCUUGUUCCAUGAUUGUCCUCUAUUUCUCCGAGUCUGGCUAUAGGAAAUCUAACUUUAUGUGAGUCUGCUGUUUGCGUCCAAUUACUCGAGUGAUCAAUAGAAUAUUUGGUAGAAUACUCGAUUACUAAAAUAUUCGAUAGCUGCAGCUCUAAUGGUCACCCUAUGCUAGCAAAGCCUGUUUUCAGUUUGAUCUCAACAACUUCUGUCUUAUCUGUCUUCUUGUUUGUUUUCCUGCAUGCAUCCUGUUAAUCAAAACCCCACCUACAGGGGGUACCAACUGUUUCUUUUAGCCCUCAAGACUGGGCUCAAGAAAUCAUUGGUUUCAGAGGUCAAGUAAAUCCUCCAUAUACAGCUCCAGUCAUUUGUGUUGGCAGCAGAAAAGUGACUAAUGUAUGUGGCGAAUAAGUUGGCUGCUUCCCAGCCCUACAGACACACACAGACACACACACCCCACAUAAAGUAUUAUGUCAGGGUCUCCUGGACUUCUUGGAUCACAGACAGUAGGCUGUUAGUCAGUGGAAAAGAAACUCAAUCUCCCAUAAUGUCAUUUGAGCGGGAAGCAGAGGUGGGGGGAAUGAAAAAGCGGACGGUAUCAAACAUUACUCUCUCCACUCACAGCAGGAUUUAGUUGCUGACUCUUCCAGUCUGCACUGCGAACUGUACAAGUGAAGUCCAAGUGAGGGGGUUUGGGGGUUUCCAAAGAAUGACUUCAUUCUGAGGUGAGAAGGUCACUGCUAACACUGUGAGAAAAGACUAUGAAAUAUAAAAAUAUUAACUAUGGCAGGGUUAUUGCAAAGAGUUGGCAGUUUUCUCAUUGUUUAAAUUUUAGUAUGUGGGUGGACAUACAAGUGGAUUUCACAAGUUCAGUCAUAAUUUAUUAUUUUGUUAUUUUCAAGACACAAUGGUCAAAAAGAGAGGAUUACAUACACUCUGUCUAAGAUAAAACACAGUCUAGAUAUUUUCAUCAUGAUUUAGGGUUAGGGUUAUGGGUCAAGUUUGAACAUAACUAAAAGGACCGGCCAUCUGGUUGAGGUUGGUCUCAGGCUGGCUCAGGGUAGAGAUGUGUGACCCAAGCCACAGUGUAGUCGCAGCAAAUACUCAACAUUCAAGGGCUGGGAUCAUAUUAAUGUUAGUCAGUAACUAUCUAACUGAAAAUCCGAGUGCAACAUGAACUCAGGGCUCUUAUUUCUAAGUCAGCCCCCUUGAAAACACACUGAGGCCUUUCCUCUGUAUCUCUAAUGGCUUUAAUGAAACCAUUGGCAAUAGAUCUUUGAAUUUUUGCUGCUACAUUAUGUGUAGGCAACCUAGAAUCAAGGGGUACAACUAAGCUAGGUAGUUCCACAAGUUAUGUACAAGCCAAAGUCUACCACAGGGCUGGUGAAAUUCAGCUACAGGGAUACAUACAUAUUGUUUGAUACCCUCUACUGUAUGUCUGUAUGAAUAGCUCUGCGACAUCUGGUAUAUUUUCUCAAGCUUCAGCUCAGAAUUUAACGUGGAAGUUGGUUAAUCAGAGUAAGAGUGUAAGAGUGAGUGGACCACAACUCUUACUGUACUAAAAUUCACACAGACCAGAUGCUAAAAGGUACAUCAGCUACAAGCUUCAUCAAUGGGUAAUGUAUGUUCCCUGUUUUGGAAGGAUGUCAGUCUUAUACAGACACAAGGAUGUUUUCACUGUUAUACUCUCCGGUAACUCGUGCAACUCCACUAAAAAACACUAAAAUAUCAUUUUAUUCCUUUAAGACAAUGAACUUGUGGACUAGGGCUAAAAGACUAUAAAUCAUGACCCGAACCUCAUUGUUUUGUCAGGCAUGACAGCAAGUACUAAUCUGAUUGUUGUAAUAGUGAUUUUCUGUAAACAGAAAUGUCAGCUUGUUUGGGAAAACUUCGUUCCUGCCACAAUAGUGUUUUAAAUACUGCACAAAACCAAAAUAUGAACCCAAUGCACAAACUGUGACGAGUUGUUGCACAAUUCUUUGCCAGUGCAGAUGAUGAAAAAGACUCCAAAUAAGGUUUAUGGGCUCUACUUUUUACUCCAGGGGGGUUAGAAGUGAAGCAAAAAGUGUCUUACAGAAGUUUCACCUUAUUUCCUUAGUUGUGUAACCCCAUGUUGAAAAAAUACUUAAUAUUUUUCCUAUUCCUCUAUUACACCUUUAGGUCAUAAAAAGAAAUGAAAUGUGUUCAAUGUUCAGAAGCUAUUUUAAAUAUGAUCUAAUUUACUGCCACCAAGAGCACAUCGACUGUGAAGAAAACACAUCAAGAAAUCAUUCCCGCUGACAGAGCCCGGGGUGGGCGUCCAGACCACAAGAAUUCACUGCGGCGUGCAGAGCUGACCCAGGGGUGAUCGUGUCAGAAGAAUUAACUGCUUCCCUUUCCACUGUCUAAACAGUAUGGAACGUAUCUCUCCACCUGCUCCAAAAUGAAUCAGUACUGCGGCCCACAUGUAAUGCAUGAGGCGGUAUAUUUCACCUUUUGCAGACAAGAGUCAUAGUAACAGGCUGUGGGACACUUUUUAGAAUAUAUGCUAAAGAAAAGAGAGAAAACAAUGGAGAUCUUCACUCUUAAGUGCACAUAUAAGUCAUUUUGAGUGGUAAAAUACAUCCUCCCGGGCAGGAUUAUGUAAGUCCAGAUAAAUGUUCUGCACUCCUGCUAAAUCUUCAAAGUAGCUUACCCUUUCAGACUGUGUAAACACUGCAGUAUAAUUAUUGCAAUAUGUAAUCCUUAUUAGAAAUGUAUACACAGCUUACAAGUGUUAAACUAAUACCUGAAACUCCUCUGGAUUUGUCCUUGAAUUAAGUCGCUGCAUUAAUAUAUUUAUCCAAACGCUUCAACAUAAGGCAGCUUUGGUGAUUUACACCCUACAGGCAAAAGCUUAAAAUCAUAUGGGGAAGUUGUUUGCAACCGAGGCACAUCUUCCCAGGUGGUAGCGGAGUCCUGUUUUACAGAUGUUCACAUGAGUGAUGAAAUAAUGACUCCAGCAGAUUCAGCAAAAACCCAGAUCUUAAACGAAUGACUGACCUUUCCCGACAUGUUCUGCCUUUAUUUUCUCCACCCUGCAGUCAGCUCUGAGGAGGGCCACAGAUGUUGAAGUAGGAAAAAAGGUCUCACACUCUAUCUCAAAGAUUUGCUCCAUUAAAAUCACAACAAGACUCCUUCGAUAAAAAAGAAGUCUGAGAGUGAGCGACACUUAAUAUAGCAUAUCAGGAUCAAGGAAAUAGUCCUUUUCUAUCUUUUGAUCAUCUUAUUUCUAUCAUUUGUAACUAAGAGGAGAACCUAUCUCACAUCUUAUCCUUCUCUAACUGCUUAAUAUCUGCUGUAGAAGAUUAUCCUUUCUGUAAAACCCACAAAACCACAGAUGCAUCUGUCUUGGAAAGAAAAGAGUUUGCUGAUUUGUUUUUGGCUCAAUAAACUGGACUCCGAUGCAUCUCACGCGCACCUGGGAGUUUUAGUCUGGAGUGAGAGUUUUUCCAGCUUCUUUUAAUCUAAAAAUCUGCUUGGACAAAGUUGCAGACACAUGUACACCAAAGGCAUGAUGGGAUUCCCUUCAGACUUCCAAUUCUCACUGCUUAAGACUGAUCGCUUUUGGAACUUUAGGGUCAGAAAAGUCUGUUUCUGCUGCAUCACUGAACAACAAUAAUUACAUUUCCUGAAUCCACUGGCUACAUCUGUGUGCACUCUCCAAACUCUGUGUGUGCGUAUGGUAUUACAUUUUCUCAAAGUCUGAUGAUUUACAGCACAGUUUCUCCACCAUAGCUGGCUGCAACAUCUGUAGCAGUAAAGUGUGUGCAUAACGACUGCAACAUCUGCACCAUAAAAGUCUCCGUAAGCUCUCUAAUGAGCAUGUUAUAAGACUCGUGUAAAUAAAUACAUGCAGGGAUCCACAUGCAUGUACAAUCCACAAAAUAAAAGGCUCUUUUUUUGUGUCAGAAUAAGCUUUGCAUGAUUGUAUCUCAGUCUCUGAUCACUGCCUAAACACACUUUUGCUUCCUCUCAGCUGCAGCCACUCUUCAAACUGCUUUGAAAACAAUCACACAUGAUCGCUCAGAUAAUCCAGGACGCACAGGCCACCUACUCAGUUCUAAACAAAGCUAAAUUAUGAUUGGCAAACGCAGAUGUGAUCUCAGAUUUAUGCAACCUUGUUAUAUUUUUUUUACAAACACUGACAGGUAAAGCUGGCCUGAUUACCUUUGGACCCACCACAAAAGCAAACAAUAAGAAGUAGACCUUGUGCAAGGAUGGGAACGUUUAUCUGGGACUUUAUUAUGUGGAAUUUAGAUUCACCUCUGUUGUUCCCAGCCUAAGGCCAAAAUGUACUGACAUUGAUUAAUCCUCUCUCUUAUUGUCCCAACUUUGCAGAAAAGAGAAAAUAUUUAUAAAACAUGCCUCAGCGUGGGAUUCAAACCUCCAGAGAGGAUUUGUUAUCGAAACAGCAAUACAUGGGAAUCCCUGUUUCUUACAUUAGAGUUAUCAAAGACAUCCUAACUGUGUUUCCAGCCUCACACACUCCGACCCCACCUUGUAAGAGAGUGAAAACACUCCACUGCCUCGCACUAGACUCCAUCUUGAAAAGUUUAAACAUCCUCACAACCCACGAAACAUCUUGAAAAUGUAUAAAAAUGCAGAUGGAUUACAUUUCCAGGACUCCUGAAGAUGCUGGGAUUUGCGCAUUAUAUCCUGAUUUCAUUUUGUUGGGCACACGUGUGAAUUCUCAAAACCUAUAAACAGGAAUGAAUAUUUAUUUGUUUAAAAUUCUGUUUAAAACCCUGUUAAUUCUGGCAUCCUGCAGUUUUCUACAAGAGCUCAUGUUUCUUUGUCUUUUCUCUUUCACAGAGUUGAAAAACAUCCCCUCCAACCUGCCGUCCGACAUAGUGAAGAUGGAUUUAUCCAGUAACAGCAUUACACAUCUCAGGCCCAAACAGUUCCUGCUGUCCAAAGACCUCAAGCUGCUCAAUCUCAGCAGCAAUAACCUUCAAAAAUUGGACACAGGUAACACAACAGCACACCUGAGAUCUUACACCUGGGCUGGGAGUUUGCGAUUUGGAUGAAAGUGCAGUAUAACGAGGAUCCAGGAGGGGUCCCAUGCGACCCCUCCUGGAUAAGUACACAGGGCUUUAUUAUGAACCAGACCACAAAGACAAAAGGGUGCAUGGUCAUCAGUGUGGGCAGGGGUACUCAACCUGGAUCUACUUUGUCAGAUGUGCCCGUUUAGUUUAAGCUCUUCAAAUAGACACAGACACAUACUGUGCAUGCACACCGACACAGCUGCCAGUCUGCAUAGGGAGUUACAGCCAUCACUUCACCCUGCUUCACUAUUUAUUAUCAACACAAAAACAACAAAGUGAAACAGAUGCAGGCCAAAUAAGGGCAGCUCUCUACUUUGGAAAAGUGAAAAUAAAAGCAUGCCUCUGCCUUCGUGGACCUUUUGGCUCUAACAAACAGUCCGGCUCUUUACUACCCUGUCCUUAAAUGACUUCUUGUGUUUAACAAGAAUGAGACUGAUGCCAUAAGAUGCAGUCUGGCAGCCUUUUCCUCGGUAUUUUGGCCUGUUGAAAAUUGACUGCUGCACUGCUGACUGGCCCUUCAGUUCUCAUACUGUCUGGGUUUGUGGACAGGUUUCAGCAGGGAAAUCAGUCUGGUACUGUUGGUCCACCAUCUCACAGAUAAGAUAGUCUAAGAUGGCAGAGGAAAGAUAAAUUUCAUUUACCUAAGAAGUUUAGUUUUAAUUUCUUACAAAGAUGAUGGAUUGACAGCACCAGACAAUUAUUCCUCCAAUGUUAAAGGGAUACUCCGGCGUAAAAUUAAUUUUGGUCAAACACACCAUAACACUGAGUUAGACACCCCCUUGAGAGAUGAAUGUUGCCAACCACUUGCUUCUCUAGGUAUACAAACUUUAGUAACGACUGCACGAUAGCAAUACAUGGUCUACGUCUCCGCGUGCAAACCUCAACCAAAACGCCACACAACAAAUAAUGCUCAGAACAGCACCUAACUUCAUCAACAGUACAUAGUAUAUAGGGUCCCAGCCAUAGUACUAGCCACCAAACGUCUUUUUAACUUUACCUUAUUUCUGUAGCAAAGAGACCAAACACAACUUACCCACUCUCCUCCAGCCAGUACAUUACAGACUGCUGUGGGGUGACGCAGCUCAAGGAAGAACAUUUAUGAUCAUUUCUUCACAAAAAUGCAAUCAGACUGAGACGCUAAGGCAGAUGAACUACCGCAUCUGCAGUGCGGAAUGAUUAAUAUGGUGAUUAUUACUUCAAGGAAAUGAUAAAGAAAUUAUCAUAAAUGUUCUUCCUUGAGCUGCGUCACCCCACAGCAGUCUGUAAUGAACUAGCUCAAGGUCUCACUACAAACAAGCGGCUGCUGGAAGAGAGUAGGUGAGUUGUGUUUAGUCUCUUUGCUAAAGAAAUCAGGCAAAGUUAAAAUUAUGUUUGGUGGCUAGUACUAUGGCUAGGACCCUAUAUGUACUGUUGAUUAAGUUAGGUGCUGUUCUGAGCAUUAUUUGUGGCUAUAGAGUGGCGUUAUGGUUGAGGUUUGUAUGUGGCUCCUAAAGUUGGUAUAACUAGAGAAGCAAGCGGUCGGCAACAUUCAUCUCUCAAGGGGGUGUCUAACUUUGUGUUACGGUAUGUUUGACCCUAAAUUAAUUUUAUGCUGGAAUAUCCCUUUAAGACUUGAAUUUGAAUAGCUUGUAGCCCCAGUAUACAUGAAGUGUGGCCAGAGACUCUUUUUAUUCAGUGGAUUUCAGCUUUCAUCAAGAACUUCACUUUGCAAGGGUCAACACCCUAACAAAGGGUUGAGAGAUAAAUGAGGGCCUGCAAAAAUAUUUACAAGAAAGGUGAAGAAACACCGAAGAAAUCCAUAUUUUUCCCCCUGUUGUUUUGCUUGUGAGGGGGAGGUUUCAGUGACACUUCAUUAUCUGGAGUCAAAUUGGCUGUUGAGCUCUGGAUCAAUCAUCUGGAGGUGAAUAAAAUGUGACAUAAGGUCUGCACCAAUCCGUAUAAUAUGCAAGAAGGCACAAAACUCUGUCUGAUUAGCAAUCCACUGAGACUGAUGAUAUUGAUUAAGAUGCAAAGGUUCGGUAAAACUGUGAGACAUUUAAUGACACAGAUUAACGACUGAUGGGACUGUCAGAUCUAAUCAGAGAUCAAUGAAAGGUUGAAAGUCCUCCACCAGGGAAACAGGAGAUAAUUUAUUGCUCACAAGAUCAAUAUCUGUUCUGAAUACUAAUGCUGUCCCAGUAGAAGCAGAGUGCAAUUAAAAAAGUGCACACUCAUUUCUCCUCGAGCUAAUGAUGUCUGGGCUCGUUCUUCCUGCCCAGGCGGGAAAUCCUUAAAAAAGCUCCUAUUUUCUUUUCUUCAUUACACUCCGACAUAUGUAAACAAUCUGCUGCAGCUUUCCUCAGUGUGUUCAAGACUAUUAGGAAAAAGGAGAAUAAAUUCAGAGUAAUUCAGAGAGCCAGUGACAUGUGGUCUCAAUCAUGAGUGCUGCUUCAAAUUGCAUUCACAUUUGAAGUAAAAGAAAUGUAAAGGAUCAUUUUUAGGAGGUUGUUUUUAUGUGCCUUUUUUAUAUGGAGGAAAAGGCAGGACAAAGGAACUCGAACACUUGGAUUGUUUACAAAUGUCUUAUUGUUGGUUUUGGAAAAAUGUUGUGCCAGACUGUUGUGGUUUUAACUUGGAAAAACCCCUCAAAUAGUACAGUUUGCUUUUUUUUGCUUUUUUUGCACUUUUUAAUGGCUAAAAACUUCACAAAUGUGUUGGACCCUGCCUUUCUGGAACGAGUAACCGUGCAAAAAUAGUUCUUGAUAUUCCUCAUGUCUUUCUUCAUUUAUUCUUCAUCACCAAGGAUGAAGCAACAGCCGAGCAGCGGACGAGCACAUAAUAGCGGGACUUAUGCAACAGUAUCUGUAGUUAUGGUGACAAGAGACUAAAAAUUGUGUUUACUUGUUAUGGAGACUUGUUGCCAAGAUCACCGCACAGUAAGACGAGUCUGAGGGGGUAAAUCCUGAAUCUAUCUGCUCUGUUGAAGUUGAACGAGGUCAUGUUAAGUGUCUGAUACUCGCUCAUGGAGGUUUUGUGUGUGUGGACAUUACAAAGGGAAGUCAGUGACAAAAUCGAGAGCUUGGCUGAAGCUAAAAGAAGAUAGUGUUUUUAAGGAUGACGGGAGUUUAAAUAGGUCUCUGAAACAAAUGAAGGAACACAUGAGGUGAAUUUGUUAAGGUCCCAAUCAGACAACAAAUGGGGAAAAAAAUACUCAGAUUGAAAAUAUAAAGGCCCUUCACACCAUACUCAUAGAUAAUCUCAUCAACCAGAGUGGUAAAUUUCCCAAAACUCUUAAGGUCCUUACACACCGGGCGAGAAUUCGCCAGGCGAAUUAUUCGCCUUUUUUUAAAACAGCAUAAAGUCAAUGCGAGCUUCCACACCGGCGGCGAUUUUACCGCGGGGCGAAAAGCCGCUUUUAUUUUUUCGCUCUUGUGUCGAAUUUUUCGGAUAUUCGCAGGCGAAUAUCUGGACCUGCUAGACCUCUGGCCAAUCAAAAGUCAUGUUGUUGAUGACAUCACAGACCCAUAGCCUACGGCUGGAGGAGAGGGAGAAGUUUGAGAUUAUGAAAACGCAGAGAACGACGGCUGAGGUGCAUCCAAAACUCUUUCUAAUUACUAAUGAAGUAGUUUUCUCACAAGAUGACACUCUCUUGUCUUCCACCCUGCAUCUCCUCUCCUCCGUGCCGCAGAGCGACUUUAUUAAUUCGCUUUGCAAAAAAUAUACGCAUAUUCGCUUCGCGGCCGGUGUGUAUAGGCGAAAGCGAUUUUUCAGACCGGUGAAUAUUCGCAAUUUUCGUCUCGCUUUUUCGCUUCGCUCCGCAAAUUCGCCGGUGUGUAAGGACCUUUAUACUGUGUCCCCUACUGCCCUCAGCCAAUUAGGAGGGAGCGCUGUAAUUAGUGACAUUGAGACCCAGGUGCAAUCAAUGUUCCCUCAUCAGGAGUUAACGAGACUCUGAGAUCCUUCAACAAUAAACACCUUUCAAAUGAACCCUUUCAACAGAAAAUAUCAGACAUGCACAUUUCAUUUAAGCAAUAAAGUGAAAACAGAACAAACUGCCUCAUCUUAUUUUUUUUUUUUUUCAUUCAUUUUUUAUUGCAAACAUUUAACAAGACAUGCAAUGGAGUAAAGUGCAAUAUGAAUAAUAAUAGAAACAGGAAAUAACAAGAAAUAAAAAAAAAAACAACACCAAUGGAGACAAUAACAGGAGACAAAAACAAAUCAAAAGCAAACAAACAAACAAACAAACAAACAAAAAAAAACAAAGAAAAAAAAAACAAGGAAAAAAGGCAAGCAGAGCAAAAACACAAGUGAGACAGGAGUAGGGAGUAUCAGUCACAACUGUUCAAAAUGUAUGGUAGGGAAUAUUGUCACUUGAUUGUGUGGAUGAGUACAAUGUAUGUGGUUUGGGGGCAAAACGUUAUGUAAAAUAAAAAAAUAAAAAAUAAAUAAAAAUAAAUAAAUAAUAAUAAUAAAGAAAAACUAAUAAGCAAUUAAACCCGAAAGAAAAUAAGAUAAAAUAAUAAAUAGAAAAACAACAACAAUAAUAAUAACAAUAAUGAUGAUAAUUUUUUGUCUGAAAGAUAGUCAGAUAGUCAGAUACUGAACUUUAACAUUUUUACAAGAAUUGACAACAUGAAGAAUGAGUUUAUUAGGGAAUCUGACUUUAAAUGAUUUUGGUGCCUUUGACUGUAAAAGUAGACCACCCUGUACUUAAAAUGAACAGCAGCCGAUUAGGAAGAGUUAGUCUCUCAGUAUAGAGAUAAGACAUGAGAGGGGGAAGUAUAACAUCCUUCCUGCCCUCCACCUCUCCUAUGGCUCCCUUCAUCUGUUCAAUCCUAAACAUUGCAGGAGCAAUAACUUGGAUCAUUGGAAAUAAAAACCAGAAGAGUUUUAUUCCCACAGAUCUGCUGCUUCUUUAUGCUUCUGUCUCACAGAUGUCUUUGUUGUCACUUCAUUUGUCCACUUCUAUAUGUGCCACACAUCCUCCUCCUCCUCCUCCCAUUUCCCUUCCCUCCUCUCUUCUCUUCCGCUCGGUAAAGAUCAAAGCUGGUCCCAAGGCUAGUGGACAGCAUGAAGCAGUCUCUACUGUACCAUUACGCAGAUCGUUGCCAUGUCUGCCUCUCAAAAGUCACUCUGGAGUCAUGUCUGGAUAGGACAAGAUGUAGAACAGACGACUAUAAUUAUGGUGUCUUAUUCAAUCCAAAUGAAGACAAGUCAGGUCAGCUGUCUUUGUAAAAUUAAGUCCUCGGCAUAAACACUUCACAGGAAAACAUGUGCAAAAAAACAACAUCUUGUCAAGUGUGCCAGUGCAACACCCACAAAAAGGAUCAGGGAUUAAUGUGAUUUAAAGCUCCCAUGAGCUGUUUCUUUAACUGGAAGGCUGACACCUACCCCCUCAUGCAGGAUUCAUGUAAAAAACUUGUCUAGAUUUGUAAUUUCCACAUAUAAUAUUCACAAUAAGUGAUAGAAUUGACUGUCAAAAGUCUGCGGGAUAAUCCUCAUUGUUGAAAGUCACUGUUUAACUCUGCAGAAGACAAGACAAAGAGAGACUGCUAUGUCCACAGGGGGCACCAAGAUGGGCAAAAACUGGAAGUCCUACACAGGAGCUUUAAUGUUUCAAAUGCUCACUUUUUGUGCCGUGAAAGUACGUUUUUUAAGGCUUAAAUGUAUCCAACUUUGCAGUCCAUGUAGUACAGUGGAGUAUUUUAGCCUUUUCCAGCUGAUUUUUUUUUUCGUUUUAAGGCUUGCAACUCCAUGACGAUAUGGUUUUGAAUGGUACUCAUCAGUGAGGCAGCUGUUUUCAAAGUAACAGACAUACCAUCCCCUGAUAUUUUAAGACAAUGACUGUUAGUCGUGUAAAUAUGCCCUGCAAGGGAUACCAGUAUAAAAACGGACUUAUUUUGGGUCUUCUUUCCUCCCUUUCCAGCUGCAUUCGAUGGCCUCCUGUAUCUCCGUGAGCUCGACCUGUCCAACAACAGCCUUCAUUACUUCCAGUACGGUGUCCUAGAAGACCUCUACUUUCUACGAAAGCUCACACUGGACAACAACCCCUGGAUCUGCGACUACAAUAUCCACUAUCUGAACUACUGGCUCAAGCAUCACCCAGGCGUGUUUUACACCGGCCUGAUCUGCUCCGAGCCACAAGAGUUCAGGGGGUGGCGUGUUGAGGAAUAUGUCAAGACCUACAAUGGGGAAUGUCCCAAGGAUAGACAAAUUGGAGGAACGGAUACAGGACAAGGAGGACAAGGGGGGUCGGACAAUGAGGCUCAGGAGGUGGUGGGGGAGACAGGUGAGGGGCAGGGUGGGCGUCUGCCUCGGCCAAUCAAAGAGAAAAAGCGCAACGGGAUUGAAAUCAUCAGGUUGAGUUAAAAUGGAGCUGGACUGUUGGGAAGAGUUGGAAUCAUGUCGAGGUCUGUUGACAGGCUGAAGAAUGGAUGAUUUAAAAGGUAGAUUCAGAGAUCAGUUUUUGAGUAAGUCUUGAUUUGUUGAAGUACCAGCUGGAGACAGAUUUUUUAUCUUUUAUAGCAGGACAAAAAAGCCCAUUUUUGGAAUUUUUUAAAACGAUUGUCCUUUUAUCGGCAUAAUUCACCAACAUUACUCUUCUGAGGAUUGGGGGGAAAAAAUAAAAUGGUAUCCCUAAACCCAACGAUUUCUGAUCAAUAUCAGAUCUGAUCACCCCAACAUAAAAUCUCCCAAUUCCCCUCGUAGUUAACUGCAGGUGCUUUUUUCUGUUGUGGCAACUUUGUUGUUGAGCUCAGAAUAUCUUUUUUUAACGUAGUAUUUGGUCUUUUUGUAUUGAUUAAUGUUCAACAGUGUCUUCAUGUGUUCUGGAAAUAAAAUUGGGUUUAUUUUUUCUGAUA